AACAACACAUGUCUCUCCCCCAGAUCUCACUCCCAAAGACACUCUUCCAUGGUCUCCUAAGACAGAUGGAUGCCAACCAACCAACCAUUCUCUCCCCUCACAAUGCACAAUGGGGCUUCCCCUCCCCUCCCCCUCCUGGUGCCCCUUGAAGUUCACUUGAGGGCAAGGGGAGGGUCCUCCCCACCAGAUGAAGGGAGAGGAGGUCCUUCCAUCUGGAAAAUGGGAGUGCUUGCAAAGAUUUACCUGAAGAUGAGUACCAUGUAGAUAAUAAAAUUACUAUUCUGUGAAUCCCCCACCUACACAAAGAUUAAUACCCAUCAUUUAAAUACACAACAAAAUUGUUACAGAAGAGAACAGAGCAAUGUGUAGAAGAUCAUCUUUAUUCUCCCUUUUUCUCUUAGGGUCCAGUGUGCUUUGAAGACAUAGCUGUUCCUUUCACAGACGAGGACUUGGCUUUGCUGGAUCCUGACCAGAGAGCUCUGCAGAAGGAAGUCAAGGAUCGGAAUCGUGGGAUCGUGGCCUCUCAGGACCCUGCAGCUUCUUUUGGCUCCUUGACUCCUCAGGAAGGAUGAAAGAGACGGAUCCUGCAAAGCUAGCGAGGAUGGAAGGGGGAAGAUGGACGGUUGACCUGGUCAGGUUGUCUCCUGCAUCCCUCCCCACAACCUCUGAGCAUUCCCUCCCACGGACCUCCGAGAGAUCUGGACCCUCUAGCUUGUUUUGGCUCCUUGACUCCUCAGGAAGGAUGACAGAGACAGAUCCUGCAAACCUAGCAAGGAUAGGAGGGGGAAGAUGGACGGUUGACCUGGUCAGGUUGUCUCCUGCAUCCCUCCCCACAACCUCUGAGCGUUCCCUCCCAGGGACCUCUGAGAAAUCUGGACCCUGCAGCUUGUUUUGGAUCCUCGACUCCUCAGGAAGGAUGAAAGACACGGAUCCUGCAAACCUAGCAAGGAUGGAAGGGGGAAGAUGGACGGUUGACCUGGUUCGGCUGUCUCCUGCAUCCCUCCUCUCAACCUCUGAGCGUUCCCUCCCAGGGACCUCCAAGAGAUCUGGACCCUGCAGCUUGUUUUGGCUCCUCGACUCCUCAGGAAGGAUGAAAGAGACGGAUCCUGCAAAGCUAGCGAGGAUGGAAGGGGGAAGAUGGACGGUUGACCUGGUCAGGUUGUCUCCUGCAUCCCUCCCCACAACCUCUGAGCAUUCCCUCCCACGGACCUCCGAGAGAUCUGGACCCUCUAGCUUGUUUUGGCUCCUUGACUCCUCAGGAAGGAUGACAGAGACAGAUCCUGCAAACCUAGCAAGGAUAGGAGGGGGAAGAUGGACGGUUGACCUGGUCAGGUUGUCUCCUGCAUCCCUCCCCACAACCUCUGAGCGUUCCCUCCCAGGGACCUCUGAGAAAUCUGGACCCUGCAGCUUGUUUUGGAUCCUCGACUCCUCAGGAAGGAUGAAAGACACGGAUCCUGCAAACCUAGCAAGGAUGGAAGGGGGAAGAUGGACGGUUGACCUGGUUCGGCUGUCUCCUGCAUCCCUCCUCUCAACCUCUGAGCGUUCCCUCCCAGGGACCUCCAAGAGAUCUGACGAGACGUGGACGUUGCUGGAUCCUGACCAGAGAGCUUUGCAUAAGGAAGUCAAGGAGGAGAAUCAUGGGAUCAUGUACCCUCUCGACAAGGUGUGGACGUUUCUGGAUCCUGACCAGAGAGUUCUACAUAAGGAAGUAAAGGAGGAGAAUCGUGGGAUCAUGGACCCUCUUGAAGGUGAUGAAUUGGAAGGGGAGAACAAGGGGGAAGUCAACAGAAUCCACAUAUCGGAGAAGUCUUAUAAAUAUUCAGAGUGUGGAGAGAACAUCGGUCAGAGCUCCCAGUCCACCUCCCAUCAAAGAAAGAGCUUCGUUCGGAGGGACAGCGUCACUUCACACGAAAGAGAACAGAGUAGGGAGAAACUGUAUCAGUGCAGAGAAUGUGGAAAGAGCUUCAGUCGGAAGGAUCAUCUCACUUCCCAUCAAAGAAUUCAUACUGGGGAGAAACCUUAUCAGUGCUUCGAAUGUGGAAAGAGUUUCAGAAAGAGCUCCCAUCUCACUUCCCAUCAAAGAAUUCAUACAGGGGAGAAACCCUAUCAGUGCUUUGAAUGUGGAAAGAGCUUCAGCCAGGGGAUCUAUCUCACUUUCCAUCAAAGAAUUCAUACAGGGGAGAAACCAUAUCAAUGCCUCGAAUGUGGAAAGAGCUUCAUUUACAAGCUGAGUCUCGCUUCCCAUCACAGAUUUCAUACAGGGGAGAAACCUUUUCAAUGCCUUGAGUGUGGAAAGAGCUUCAGUCACAGGCAGGGUCUCACUUCGCAUCAAAAAAUUCAUACAGGGGAGAAACCGUAUCAGUGCUUGGAAUGUGGAAAGAGCUUCAGUCACAGGCAGAGUCUCACUUCCCAUCAGCGAAUUCAUACAGGGGAGAAACCCUAUCAGUGCUUAGAAUGUGGAAAGAGCUUCCGGGAGGGGACUAAGCUUUCUUCCCAUCAACGAAUUCAUACAGGGGAGAAACCCUAUCAAUGCCUGGAAUGUGGAAAGAGCUUUAGUCAAAGCGCGCAUCUCACUUCCCAUAAAAAAAUUCAUUCAGGGGAGAAACCAUAUCAGUGCUUCGAAUGUGGAAAGAGAUUCAUUCUCAGGCCAAGUCUCACUGCCCAUCAAAAAAUUCAUUCAGGUGAGAAACCCUAUCAGUGCUUAGAAUGUGGAAAGAGCUUCUUGGAGGGGAGUACGCUCUCUUCCCAUCAAAGAAUUCAUACAGGGGAGAAACCCUAUCAAUGCCUGGAAUGUGGAAAGAGCUUUCGUCACAAUUCCAGCCUCACUUGCCAUCAAAGAAUUCAUACCGGGACGAAACCCUAUCCGUGCUUGGAAUGUGGGAUGAGGUUCAAUCGAAAGGAUAGUCUCACUUCCCAUCAAAGAACACAUACAGGUCAGAAACCCUAUCAGUGCUUCCAAUGUGGAAAGAGCUUCAGUCAAAGCUCGAAUCUCAAGACCCAUCAAAGAAUUCAUACAGGGGAGAAACCAUUAUGGAGGCCUCCCUCUCUGGUUACAGGACACCCAUGAAGUGUUUGGCAGCAGUCUUGUUUCUCAGUGACUCCUAUCUGCUCAUAUGAGCAUGCAAACAGAAAAUGAAAGUUGAGCUGUGGGAAGUAUGUAGUAUCGCUAUUUAUUGCUGUGUAUCAAAUCAAAACAACACAAAUCAUAAUGUAGAAUAUAGCAACAGUGUGAGGAGCAGCUCACACCGACAUCCUGUCUGUCUGGGAGACAGAACAAAGAGAUGAAAAACAAAAGCACAAAGAACGGAAGUUCUGUGUCUGAGUUUCCGUUCUUACACUUCCAGAAGUGUGGAAUGUAAAUAAGGAUCACAUGAUCCAGAAAUGGGAGAGUGAAAAUACUAGCAUCCUACCCCUUUUCAUGACAACCAUUGCCGCAUAUUUAGCUCAUGUGCACUUUAUUUAUAAAUAGUCAGUUGCUCUUUGUUAACAACAUUUGACAACAAAUCAGCAGCAAUUUCUUUUCCUGGCAUAUAGGACACACGAGUCCUGUUUGGAUACAAUCUCUUGCAUGAGAUAAUUUGAUCUGCAAGUAUUUGGUUCUUUGCUUAUGUUAACGGAGAAAUCCGAGGGCUCCUUUGGACAAAAAGCAAGGACACCGACCAGGAAAAUUGGAGCAAAACAGCAGCCAGUAGGCUUGGUCUUUAUUGAGACUGUCGUGAUAGGACUCCAACUCACUGCAAGACGAAGCAAGAUGGAAGCCCCAAACAAAAGAAGGCCCCACCUUUUAUUAGCUACUAAUCCCCCAUGCUACACCCCUAAGACUACAUCAGAGCUACAUCAUUGAUACAUCACAAAAAGGAGGGGUUGAGGGAGGAGUUGUGGUGGUAACCUCAGUGUCUUGUCACCUGCCCAGUUCCUUCUUUCCCCCUCCCCAUGAGUACAUCCCAGAGGACAAAGAGGAGUUCAUGGUUUCCUGCUUCCAGAGGGAAGGGUUGGUCACUGGUUGUUAAGGCACGGGUUCCUUCUCCUAGGAUGUGACCAAGGUAUUUUACUUCCCUUUGGCAAUACUGUAUUUUCUUUGGGGAUACCUUGUGUCCUUUAUGCGCUAAUGCCGUGAGAAGAGCUAUGGCAUCCAGCUUACAAUAUUCUAAGUCCCACCCACAUCGUAAGAUGUCAUAAACAUGUAGAAGGAGGGCGGACCCCUUUGGAAGGGUAACGUCUAGCAGAUCCUGAUUUAGUAUAGUGGAAAAUAUUGCUGGAGAUUCCACAUAGUCCUGGGGUAGUCACGUCCAUGUUAAUUGUCUGGUUUGCCAGGUGAAGGCAUCCACUGGGAUGCUGAAGAAUGCGGAACAUAAGCCAAUGACAGAGUAAACUACAGUUCCCUCCGGAAUUGAGCUCAGAUGGUGAUGAGGAUUAGCCACCACGGCAUGGCAGGGAAUGACAAAGGAGUUCACGAGUCUCAAGUCCUGAACCAAGCACCCUUUUAUAGUGUUCGUGUGGGGCUUGCGGACAGGGAGAAAGGGGGUGUUACAAGGAGAAGUUCAGGGAACUACAACUCCCAUUUUUAAGAAUUCCUCAAUCAUUGCAGUGUUUCCUUCUAUUGCUUCCUUUGGUAAUGGGUAUUGUUUGGUACAGGGAAAAGGCAGGUCUUUUCUGUAGUUCACCUUUACUGGGGUGGCGGACUUCAGAAGUCCAACCGAUGUGGAUUCAGUUCCCCACAGCCAGGGGGGACCCCAUUUAGGAGCUCAGGGGGAAGAUCCAGAUCUUUAUUAUCCAUCUCUUGUAAGAUUCCUUGGAAGUUGAAGAGUGAUUCAUUGGGCAUAUGCAGGUAAAUCCCCUCCUGUCCACACUGGGUGGUGGCAUUUAGUUUACAAAGCAGAUCCCGCCCCAAAAGGUUGACGGGGCUAGAAGUUAAUAAAAAAAGUGUGCCUAACGGACAAAGGUCCAACUGACACUUUGGCAGCCUUGGAAAGGGGGCAAACUCUAAGAAUCCCAUCCUGUCCCAUUACAGUCCUGGUUUCUUCUCCUGGGGUCAAGUGACUAUUUGUGAGAGUAGAAUAGGUGGCCCCCGUGUCUAGCAGACAGUCGUAAGAUUGUCCGUCUAUCUGCAUGGUGCAGAUAAGAUCUGAGGAUGAUGGUUGUAGGAUAGGGCAAAGGAAAGGAAAAGAGGCGGGAUCUGCUUCUGAUUGUCAAUAGUCAUUUUAUUCCUCCAUUACCAUUUCGUGGGAAGGGUUGCAGGGCGGUUUGGAUGGUUGAAAGGAUUGGUGUUCUUGGGGAGAGUCCUAGGUUGCGGUAAAGGUGGAGGAAGCGCCCUUGGGGUCUGCAUUUGGAAGGACCCAUAAUCGGGGGGAGUUCCCUGAGCCUGGGGUUACCCGGUUCCCUGUAUUCCGACCUCAGUGUCCUUGCCUCUCUUAUAGUCUGAUCUCCCGGGCCUGGAUUCUUGGUGUCCGGUUAAUAAUGGGCAAUUCCUUCUGAUGUGUCCUUCCUCAUUGCAAUGGAAACGGACACGUCUGUCUGGCUGUUCAUGUCCUCUUCCCUUCUGCCUUUCCCUAGGAGGGGGAACCCCGGUUGCGUAAACUAGCACUUGUGGGGAUUCUCCCCUCUGGUCCUUCCUUUUUCGUUCAUCUCUUGAAUUAAAAACUGACUUGGCAAUA